GACCGAGAAUUGAGAACCCGAACUCACAGAAAUAUAUCAACAAAACACUACGCCAAAAAAAAAAAAAAAAAUUUAGGCCAUGAACAUGAAGUACUUAAUCGGAAUCCUAAUGAGCUGUAUAUGGCUUUCAAUGGCCAUUAAUGCAGCCACAGCCCAGAGUAAUUCCCCUGUCCUCGACACUUCUGGAAAUCCUCUCCAGCGUGGCGUGGAGUACUACAUCAAGCCUGCCAUCACCGAGGCCGGCGGUCCUUUCACCUUGGUAUCUCGAAACGACCCGUGCCCACUCUACGUCGGGCAACGAAACGUUUCGGUGGAUGGGAUCCCUGUAACAUUUGCGCCUUAUGAAAAGAGAGAAAAAGUGGUGAGAGAACGGAAGAACUUUAAGGUCACAUUCUCCGCCGCCACGAUCUGCGUGCAGUCGACGGCGUGGAAGGUAGGAGAAACCGAACCGGUGACCGGAAGGAGGUUGAUCGCCGCGGGGGAAGGCGGCCUCGCCAACUAUUUUUACAUUAAGAAGGAACAAGACUGUCCUAGUUGCUACAGCAUACAAUGGUGUCCGGCUGAACUGUGUCCUACUUGUAGGUUUAUUUGUGGAGCUGUUGGUACUUUGUUUGAAAAUGGACAAAGGUUGGCGGCUUUGGACGCCCCAGGCGCUGGUCGAAGUCUUGUGUUCGAGAGAGCAGAUUAUGUUUCUAAGGAGUGAAGAUGAGUCUUAAAAGUAGAUACAUUAAUUAAUCUAUAGAGUAUUAUCAAUAAUCAUAGAAUGGAAACUGUUUAGAUAAGGUGUUUUAGAUCGAGGGAUGAUGUCCGGAGCACCAAAUCAUUCCAGAGUUAAAUAUAUAAUAAAGCUCCAUUGUGCGUC